AUGACAAAAAACAGAGACUACGAAAAUCAUGCAGAUGUCGCCAUUGGACCGAUGAAUAAAGUUUGCUUGCAUUGCCAUGCUUUGAAGUUUGCCAAGGAAUCACCAGGAAUGUGUUGUUCAAAUGGUAAAAUAGUUUUGUCAUCGUUAAUUGAGGCACCUGAACCACUACUUAGUUACCUUUCUGGCACAACUCCUAUUUCAAACCACUUUUUGAAAAACAUACGCAAGUACAACUCUUGCUUUCAAAUGACUUCGUUUGGAGCAACGAAAAUUAUAUCUGAAGGCGGUUACAUGCCAACAUUCAAAGUUCAAGGCCAAAUAUACCACAAAAUCGGUUCAUUGCUCGCAGUGCCACAACAAGAUGCGAAAUUUCUGCAAAUUUAUUUCACUGGAAAUGAUGCACUGGAAGUAGACAAGCGUUGCGCAAUUAGUUCUGGGAUCCGACGCGAGAUCAUUUCAAGCUUGCAGGCAAUGUUCCAUGAACAAAGCAAUUUGAUUCGCCUUUUUAAAACAGCUCUGGAUCAAAUGCCAUCAGAUGACUAUAGUGUUGUUAUUAGAGCAGACAAAGCUCCUGCUGGUGAACAUGAAAGGCGCUCCAAUGCUCCGGUAACAGGGGAUGUUGCAAUUUUAAUAGUUGGCACCGAAUUCGAUCGACGUGACAUCAUUAUCCACCGGCGAAAUGCUAAUGUGCAGAGAGUAUCGGAAACACAUCGAUCGUAUGAUGCACUCCAAUAUUCAGUGCUGUUUCCCCAUGGAGAAGAAGGAUAUCAUUUCAACAUCAGGCAAGUCGACCCCAGCACAAGUGAAGCGACGACAAAGAAAGUGUCCUGCAUGGAUUAUUAUACAAACCGCAUUAUGAUUCGUGGAAGUGAAUCCAAUCAUAUCUUAAAAUGUCGUGAAUUAUUCCAACAGUUUAUUGUGGACAUGUACGCGAAAGUCGAAAGUGAACGUCUUCUUUUCAUUCGCUUAAAUCAAAAGAAGCUGCGCGUUGAAGAAUACGUUCAUUUACGUGAUGCAGUUGCUAAUGAUGGAAACAUUGCUGACAUUGGACAAAUGGUAAUUUUACCUGUAACAUAUACAGGAAGCCCGCGGCACAUGCACGAAUACGGGCAAGAUGCUAUGACGUACGUUCGAAAGUAUGGACGACCAGACCUAUUCAUCACCUUCACUUGCAAUCCAUCGUGGAGUGAAAUAACCGAAUUGCUUUUUGCAGGCCAGAGCUCAUCGCACAGACAUGAUCUUCUCGCUCGAAUAUUCAAGCAAAAGCUAAUAAGUCUUAUGAAUGUCAUCACGAAGAAUUUUGUUUUUGGAGAAACCAGAUGCUGGAUGUACUCAAUUGAAUGGCAAAAGAGAGGCGUACCACACGCUCACAUUUUGAUUUGGUUGAAGCAAAAAAUUAUACCUACACAAAUUGAUAGCGUUAUAUCAGCCGAGCUUCCAAAUCAAGCCGAAGAUCCCAUUCUUUUUGAAAUAAUCAAGAAAAAUAUGAUUCAUGGGCCAUGCGGUACUUUUAAUCCUAAUUCACCAUGCAUGCAAAACGGCAAAUGCACAAAGCGAUAUCCACGUGAGUUGAUUACUGAAACUCAAACUGGAGGUGAUGGAUAUCCUCUGUAUAGGCGAAGAAAUCCCACUAAUGGUGGAUACACAACUACUAUUAAGAUGCGAAGUGUAGAUAUCGACAUAGACAAUAGAUGGAUCGUGCCAUACUCGCUACUACUUUCAAAAAUGUUUAAUGCUCACAUCAAUGUUGAGUAUUGUAAUUCGGUAAAGUCCAUAAAAUAUAUUUGUAAAUAUGUUAACAAGGGCAGUGACAUGGCAGUAUUCGGAUUAGCAAAUCGAGGUGAUGAGAUCACGCAAUAUCAAACAGGGCGCUACAUCAGCAGUAACGAAGCAGUAUGGCGGAUAUUUGCAUUCAAUAUUCACGAACGAUAUCCAACGGUUCAACAUCUCGCUGUUUAUUUGGAAAAUGGUCAGCGGGUUUACUUCACCGAAGAAAAUGCGCAAAAUAGAGCAGAGCAACCACAAAACACAACACUGACUGCUUUUUUCGAAUUGUGUAAAUCCGAAAAUUUUGCUAAAACGUUGCUGUAUCAAGAUGUGCCCAAAUAG